AACAAGAUCAAUACAUAUUUUUUCUCUUCUAAAACUCUGCUCAGUUUAUUCGCGAUCUUUACAGCCAGAAUCUAUCAUGGUAUCAGAGCAGUAGCUCAAAGAUCCUUGAUACGUGAAACUGUACCGGCAAAAUGACUGACGACCAACAGCACCAAAAGGAACGAAGACGGAAGAUCAAUGAUGUCUCAUCCCCAUACUACUUAUCGAACUCAGAUUUUCCGGGAAUCAACAUCAGUGGCCUGGUGCUUAAGGGGGAGGGAAACUACCGAGAAUGGUCAACCGCAAUGAAGAAUGCCUUCCGAGCAAAACGGAAAAUGGGUUUCAUCGACGGAACCAUCGAACGACCGGAAGAGGAUAUAGAAGACUUGGAGGACUGGUUGACGGUGAAUUCUAUGCUAGUGGGAUGGCUCAUGACAGCCGUUGACCCUACUCUUCGCACCAAUCUCACUUACAUGGAAAGUGCUAAUGAUCUGUGGGAAGACUUGAAGACCCGUUUCGCAGUGGGGGAUGCAAUGCGCGUAUACGAACUCAAAGAAUCUAUACGAGAAUGCCAGCAAAAUGGACAACCCAUUACCGCAUACUUUGGCCGGCUUAAAGCUUUAUGGGACGACUAUGAUGGAUAUCGCUACAUACCACAAUGCGUGUGUCAAGGUUGUACGUGUGAUCUCAACAAGAAGUUUCUUAAGCACGCUGAGAAAGAAAAGACCCAUGAUUUUCUGCUUGGCCUUGACAGUGAGGCCUUUGGUGUGCUGCGUUCCAACAUUCUCAGCCUUGAUGAUCUGCCACCCUUUAGUAGAGUUUACCAAAUGGUAACACAGGAGGAGAGACACCGGAAUAUGGUGAAAGGGCGAGAGGAGAAACCGGAAGCUGUGGCCUUUGCGGUCAGGAUGGCGUCGAACAACGCAGGACGAGAAGAAAAGAUAAAGUGCACUUACUGCAACAAGGUUGGUCACGAGGUUGAAAAUUGCUUCAAGAAGAGCGGACGCUAUCCGGAGUGGUGGUUCGAUAAUCCGGGAAGAGGACGCGGCGGAAGAGGUGGUCGAACUGGAUCUGGAAGAGGACGUGGUCGACCUGUAGCACACGCUGUCCAAAUUGGAGAGCCGCGAGAUGAAGGACAGUCAAAGGUAGAUGAGAAGCAGGGUGUGACAUAUGCACCCGGAUUUACAAGCGAGCAGUGGAAAAGUCUGCUGAAACUUGGGGGAAAUUGUAAGUCUUCAUCCGUCGAGGAAAAACUCUCAGGACCUACCUUCGAGGACGCCGAUUGGAGUGGGUAAGCGUUGUGGGGGAGUUUACUACUUUCACUGUUUUGACGGGAUUCAAGCUCAUUCCAUCACGAUUGCAUCUUCGGAUUUAUGGCAUUCAAGAUUGGGUCACCCGUCCAAGACAGUUUUAUGAUUAGUGAAUAGCGAUAAAUCUUUGUUUAAGGUAGACAUAAAUAGAACAUGUGAUGCAUGCUUGCGUGGAAAACAGACGCGUGAUGUUUUUGCUAUUAAUUCGGCUAGAGCAACCGAACCUUUUGAGUUAAUCCAUUGUGACAUUUGGGGCCGUA